AUAGCAUCUCCUCUCGUCUUCUCUCAUCUCAUGGCUGCUCCCGCUCUCAAGUUCGCCGCCGUCGUGCUGCUGGCCGCCCUCUGCGCCGCCGCGCUGGCCCCGGCCACAUCGGGGCAGCCGACUGAUGAUGGGCUAGCGACUUGCAUCGACCGCUGCGGGUGUGUGCCCUGCCCGGAAGGGAAGUUCUGCCCCGCCGUGUGCACGACCCCGCCGGCCUGCAAGGCCACAUGCGAGUGCACCUAUUCCGGCGUGGGCUGCUAGGCCCGGCUGCGAACUGGCGACACCGCAUGCGCCCGCCGCCGCGGCGUCCCUCAGGAAGCCUGCGAGCGCAUGAUGCUGAAGCCCACACUGUAUUGUAAGCCCUGUAUGUCUGCAUGUAUUGUGCGUGCGUGUGCUAUGAUGUGGUAAUAAAAUGUGAACGGAUCGAUCCUUGAGACAAAAAUAAAUAAAUAGAAAUGUUAUCUUUGUUCCAGUA